ACACGCACACCAGUCAGCUGCCAUGGCUAGGAAGGAACACCAGCCUGACCCAGAGAAACACCGAGUCCCCGUGUUGGGCGUGAGGCACCUUCAGGCACUGCUGCUAUGCAUCGCACACGUGCUGGUCUUCAGCUUGCGCACCAACAUGUCGGUGGCGGUCGUUGUCAUGGCCAACAACACCGCUGGCAACCCUAACAUCAAGGACUACGGCUGGAGCCAAUCUGAGACGAGCACCAUCCUGAGUUCCUUCUUCUGGGGCUAUGUGGUGAUGCAGGCGCCUGCCGGGUGGGCAGCAGACAGGUUCAAUUCGAAGAACUUGUUUUCGGCCUCGCUCAUCCUCUCCGGUAUCCUCACCAUGCUCACAGAGGUGGCUGCAGACACUGGCGGUGUGGUGCUCGUCUGUGCGUUCAGAGUAGUCAUGGGUCUCGCUCAGGGUUUCGUAUUCCCAUGCACACAUUCCUUGCUGGCAAAAUGGAUCCCACCCAAAGAAAGUGAUGUUUUGGGAACAGCUGUUUACACAGGUGAUCAACUGGGCACAGUAGUAGCAAUGAUGAUAUCAGGAGCAUUAGCUCAGAGUGCUCUUGGAUGGCCAUCUAUAUUCUACUUCUUUGGUGGACUUUCCAUCCUUUGGGGAGUGAUAUUAUUCUGGUUUGGAGGGAAUACCCCUUCUGGACAUAAGCAUAUUUCUAGAGCAGAACUUAUUUAUAUUGAAGAAUCUUGGAAGGACGUCUCUCGUGAACGAAAGAAGUUUCCAACGCCGUGGAUAUCAAUUUUCACAUCACUGCCAGUAUUUGCUUCUAUAGUAGCCACUUUGUCGCUGUGCUGGGGAUACUACACACUCCUGACAGAGAUACCAACGUAUAUGAGUAAUGUUCUUGGAUUUGACAUUGCAUCUAACGGGCUACUUUCUGCACUGCCUUACGUCGUUAACUGUGCCCUGAGUCUUGCCUUCAGCUGGAUCAUCAACGGCGUAGAGAAGAAGGAAAUAUUUAGCAAGGGGACCUUGAGGAAGGUGGCCAAUUCCAUUGGUUACUGGAUCCCAGCCGCGGCUUUAGUUGCCCUCAGCUUCAUCCCAGUAGAUGACCCAACGGCAGCUGUGAUCCUGCUGACUGUCUCCGUCGGUUUUAAUAGUAUCAGCAUCAUGGGCUACCAGAUGAACCUUAUCGACAUCGCACCGAACUUCUCUGGCCUGAUGAUGGGUAUUACUGGUAGUAUCGGGACACUGAUGUCCGUCGCUGCACCACUUUAUGUGGGGGCUAUAGUCAAGGAGAACACCAUUCAAGAGUGGAGAAUUGUAUUCCUCACAGCAGCUGCCGUCUUCUUUGUGGGCAAUCUGAUUUUCGUUAUUUUUGGUGAUGGCGAAGUUCAACCUUGGAACGACCCUAACUAUUCGAGAGGAAAGAAAACAGAAACUAUAGAAAAGGUUGCAGUUUGAGCCACUGUGACGUCAGUAGCCACAUGGAAUAUAGUGAGAGAAACAAAGGUUUCUUCACGAUAAAACUUUGCACGUAAAGAAGACACAGGGCAGGAAAACUCUGCAAAACAUUCACUUUUUCUGCAGCUUGAGUAACAUACCAAAGUCGCU